AUGGCGCCGACCGCUUUUGACGAGUUUGGCAGUCUCGAGCCUCAAGAUCAGCUCUUCGGUGCCGACUUGAACUUGGGCUUGAAUCCUUCCAUAUUCGACCCCUUGAUGCUCGAGGCCACCGUGCCCUUUGACGAUGGCGCCGAAGGAUCACUUUCGCUUGAUGAUGUCACAGGCACAGGCGUAUGUGAAGAAUCUCCCUUCCCCUCACUAAGCCACGACCCUGCUUUCCUCGACGCCCACGCCACAAAGCCACCACGCCUCGACUCAUUGGUUUCCAGUGCACUCUCUCCCCCUUUUGGCGAGGACUGUGCACCUAUCGGGCAGGACGACCAUGAUGGCUCAAUCAAGCUCUUUGAUACCACACACGAGCUGCCAACGUUUGCCGAUAUCGUGCAGUCAACUUCUGAGGGCACCAUGUCAUCGGCAGCUGCAUCCCCACUGUCUACGACCAACGCCACAUCUCCCCUUCAUCACGCCACCGCCCCCACGCACACCCAUGCCGGCUCAACCCAAUCGCAAGUCCAAGGUGUACCCAUCGGCCUGGCUCCGCCCACCCCGCCUACAGCUUACCCCCUCUCGACGACCUCGGCAAGGACCACCAACACGCCCUUGGCUGCCCGUGCGGAACCGAUGAAGCGCAAGCGUCGCGCGCGCAAGGCAAUAGACCCGACUGCCCUCAGCCCCGUCGAGCUCCUUGAGAUCAAGGAGAAGAAGGAGCGCCGCAUGCUCAAGAAUCGCGAGUCUGCUUCCCUCUCGCGCAAACGCAAGAAAGAAUACCUCGAAACCCUGGAACAUCAGCUCCAUGAUGCCCAACAGCAGCUGGGUCGAGCACAGCACCAAAUUCAGCAGCUGCAAAACGAUAACCACGUGCUUCGGGAGCAACUGGCCAACUACCAUGGCUUUGUCAACUCUCAGCCUUCGCUUCAGCAACAGUUUGCGGCCUUUGCAAGCCAGCGCCCCGCCCGUACCGCUGCGGCAACAGUAAUGCUUGCGGCCCUUCUCUGUGUUGCCUUUGUGGGAGCUCCAGGGUCCAACCUUUUGCUGCGCGGGGUUGAGGGUCCCACGUCCCCCAUGGCCGUGACUGGUGGCGCGUGGCACGCCCGCACGCUGCAGGCAGCCCAAAAGGUACCAUUACUGGCCCACGUGCACAACGCGCCCUCCGAUACGGUGUAUCCCCUUGGCCUGCACCACGAUCAUCUGACCUCGUCGCUCCGCGAUGGCCCGCCGCGGGCCAUGCCUUCAAACAUGCUCAACCCCUUGCUCAAAAUGCACGAGCAUGCGCUAGAGGAGCGCAUGAUGCUCGAUGGUGUUCGCAUUCCCACCCCUGAACCAGGUCAUCAAUCGCUCGUGGAUCCCGAGGAGGAGGAGUUGGACGGUGUACCGACCCUUCGGAUUGGACAUAAUCAGCGCGAUGCCCUUGAAACAACAGUGCAUCGCAAGGACGACACGAGCUACAUUUUCUGCACCGAGGUCAAAGUGAUCUCUGCUCAGGCUGCUUCCUCGCGUAGCCGCCUAUCCUUGAUUGUGCCCACCACUACUCUUGACGAUCUGGACAACGAAGGGGAAGCGGCACACCUCAUGCAAAUCGACUGCGACGUGGUCGGGACCAAGUUGAUUGCCACAGAGAAUGCCACUGUUGUCGGCUAA